AUGUCCGACUACGAAGCGCUCAAAAUCUUCUCCAGACAGCCCGUGUCGCUGGAGAUGGUGGAGUUUUUGGCGGCCACAACGUGCUCGGUGAUCCAAGUCAAGCCAAUCACAAGCACCACCAACCGCCAGGGCGACGUGGUGGUGACGCCUGUGAAGAAGGAAGCGGUGCCCUUGACGCAGUUCAUUUCCAGGUUGAUUGAAUACUCCAACGUGCAAACUCCCACCUUGAUGGCAUCCUUGGUCUAUUUGAACAGACUCAGAAACGCUUUGCCAGGCAACGCCGUGGGAAUUGAAACGACUCGCCACAGAAUUUUUUUGGCGUCACUCAUCUUGAGCGCCAAGUCGCUCAACGACUCCAGUCCUUUGAACAAGCACUGGACAAAGUACACUGAUGGACUCUUAUCCAAUAAGGACGUGAACUCUGCUGAAAGAGAACUCAUUGGCAUUCUCAAGUGGAACUUGAGAGUGGACGAGAAGGAGCUCGUGGCGGCGUUGCAGCCAUUCCUCACGAGAAUCAAGAAGCACCUCCAAAGAAAGCAGGAGCUCGAGUGCAACGCCAAGGCAGAGUAUUACCGCAUGUCGAGCUUUUACUCCAACAACUCGCUUGCGUCUUCUCGCUCGUCGUCCAAGAGCUCGAUCUUCUCUGCUUCGGGCUCAAACUACUCGUUGAGAAGUUCUGCUUCAAGCUCUCAUAACCUCGUCGCUGAGAAGGAUGCUCUAUACUCUUCUCCAGCAAACACUGCUAGAAUGCCUCUCGCUGCUAGGCUGUCAACUACACUUAAUCAGAUGCGCAAGAUUGACUAUUACAAGGCUUCAGAUGACUCGGGCUGCUCGGGCGGUCUCCUACCACCCGCUGUUGUUUAG